AGGCGAAAUAAAAAUAGUGGCAACAUCACGACAACGUGUUUAAUAUGAUCUCAUCCAAGUCCUUCGAGUCAGAGAUAGCCGAAAGUUAACGUAAUCCAAAACUAAAAUCCAAAAAAGAAACGAAGAUCCCGUCUUAUAAAACACCCAACGCCCUCACAUUUUUUGAAAUUAAACCAAACCAGACUGAAGACAGCUCAGCUUGGUCAUGAUCCGAAGCAACAACGAUUUCCCGUCGUCAUGGUCUUGGCAUCAGGACAAGCUGUUCGAGAGAGCUUUGAUUAUGUUCCCCGAGGAAUCGCCCGACCGGUGGGAAAAAAUCGCUGCCCAACUUCCUGGGAAGUCUGCAAUGGAAGUUAAGAAACAUUACGCGGAUUUGGAGCAUGACGUUAUGGAGAUUGAGUCGGGGCGCGUUCAGAUGCCGAGUUACGAGGGUGAGUUGGAAUCGGCGAGUUGGGUGAACGAGUCAGGCGGGAGUCAGGUUUGGCUUGGAUCGAAAAAGGAGAGGGAAAGCGAGAGAAGGAAAGGCGUUCCUUGGACCGAAGAAGAACACAGACUUUUUCUGAUUGGAUUACAAAAAUACGGGAAAGGGGAUUGGAGGAGCAUUUCAAGAAACGCGGUCGUAUCAAGGACGCCAACUCAAGUAGCAAGCCAUGCCCAAAAGUACUUCCUUCGCUUAAACUCGAUUAAUAAAAAGGAUAAGAAAAGGUCCAGCAUACAUGAUAUUACAAUGGCGGAUGACAUCUCCAAUCAAUACGGCGUUGGAACAAUGGGUGACCACUCAAGCAUUGAACUAAUGGAUCAAUCCAAGUUUUUCAAUGAGCAAGGAAGGUCAUUUUGGGAAUAACAAUGGGUUUUUUGAAUUCCCCUUUUGUUGUAACUUGUAAGGUAGAAAGAGUGAAAUGUUUGUAUGCAAAUACUAGUGAAAAUAUAGCAUUACCUUCUAUAACUAUAUGACCCUUUGUGUUUUUGCUCCCUCCUAAUGUAACUAUUUCCUUUUUGGCC